UCACCUGCUCAAGUGUUCGCCUCGGUGUGUUGGAUCUCUCAGGAAACCAUGUUUCAGCCACAAACAAGAGUCCAGUUCCCGUUUCCCCUUUGUUGUAUCAGUUGCACUUGUCGGGCUGCGGUAUCACCAAGCUUCCGGAGUUUGUAAGAUUGAAAAAUUUGGACAGUCUAGACAUUUCCAACAAUAAAAUCAAAGGGCAAAUGCCUGGCUGGUUAUGGACGCUACCAAAUCUUACUUACCUGGAUCUUUCCAACAACACUUUCACUGGCUUCGGAAACUCAAUGAAACAUGGGCUAUCUAUGGGAAAAUUGUUUGCCUCCAACAACAAUUUCACAGGAAAUAUUCCCUCAUUCAUAUGCGAUCUGCGUGGUUUAUCCAUUCUUGAUUUAUCAAACAACAACUUCAGUGGUGUAAUCCCUCCUUGUAUGGAAAAUCUCUAUCUGACAGUUCUAAGCCUUCGUCAAAAUCGUCUCCAUGGAGGUCUUCCAGAGAAUAUAUGUCAAUUCUCAACAACGCUUGAUGUCGGUCAUAACAAACUGACAGGGAAGCUUCCAAAAUCUUUGAUCAAUUCCUCUUUUCUUGAAGUUCUGAACGUGGAAAGCAACAUUAUCAAUGAUACGUUUCCAUUUUGGUUGAGUUCUCUACCACAACUAAAAAUUCUUGUGUUACGCUCUAAUGCCUUCCAUGGACCGAUACAUUAUACUUCGUUCCCUAAAUUGCAAAUCGUCGACAUAUCCCACAAUCACUUCAAUGGAUCUUUGUCAUCAGACUACUUUGUGAAGUGGAGUGCUAUGUCAUCAUUGGGGGACAAUUAUGAUCAGCGGUUUGACAAGUACAUGGGGGAUUCCUAUUACCAUGAUUCAAUGGUGUUGAUGAACAAAGGUUUAGAGAUGGAGCUAGUACGUAUCCUAAAGAUCUACACAGCACUCGACUUUUCAGGAAACAAAUUUGAAGGAGAGAUCCCAAGGUCCAUUGGUCUAUUGAAAGAGCUCCAUGUGCUCAACUUGUCCAACAAUGCUUUCACCGGCCACAUCCCUUCAUCUAUGGGAAACCUGACGGCUCUUGAGUCACUAGACGUUUCCCAAAACCAGCUUUCAGGAGAAAUUCCGCUAGAGCUAGGGGAACUCUCAUUCCUUUCCUACAUGAACUUCUCUCAUAACAAGCUCACUGGUCUAGUACCCGGAAGCACUCAGUUUCGAAGGGUGAAUUGCACUUCCUUUGAGGAUAAUCCGGGACUUUUUGGCCCUUCUCUUGACGAAGUUUGCAGAGAUAUCCACAUGCCAACACCGCAUGAAACACCAGAAUCAGAGGAAGAAGAAGAGGAAGAGGUGUUGAGUUGGAUAGCAGCUGUAAUAGGAGUAAUACCUGGUAUUGCCUUUGGAUGGGUGAUUGGAUACAUACUUUUUUCCUACAAACCAGAGUGGUUCAUCAACCCUUUUGUCCUAAACAAAAGCAGACGCAACCGCACCACAACUCAUUAAAAAGAUCUUUUAUAGCCUGCCUGAGGAAUCUGAAAGAAGAAAUACAAAGGAACCACUAUGUCUAUCCGUAUCAAAUAAGAUUUGGGGUAUCGUUUCUGGUUUUGCUUGGUGUUUUUCUCAUUACUCUGCUUUUUUACUUUUUUUAGCAAACUUCUUUGUUCCUCUGGUACUGUUUCCGUUUUAGCUUGGUGUGUUUUUUCUCUAUCUCUCUUUUUUACGUUUUAGCAAACUUCUUUGUUUCUCUGUAAUUGAACAACAACUAUGUUUCUUACGCUGAAAAUUACAAGCACAAAGACAUGCAUUUUUCCCCUCUUCAGUAUCUAAAACAUCAACUGUGUAGACUUGAGAUGAGGAAUAAACAGAUGAUCCAGAUAAAAGCUAUAAUCAACACAGGGUUUAGAAAAGGAUGUACAUAUUAUAUAUGGAUAUUUCGAUUGUUCAUAUCAAUGAGACACAUUAAUUCAUAGAAACUAUAGACUUUGCAAAUAUAAUUAUCAAGAUUCCAUUUUGUGUAUAUACAAAGUUCAAAUGGUUUUAAGCUUAUGAUUUUCGAAUGUGACAAUACAAAAAAAAAAAAAAAGUUUGCGUUGAUUUAUCUUGUGAUUGGUAAUAUUCUCAUUGAUAAUGAAUGAUGAGUAGAAGAGGAAGAGAAAUGGCUAGUAAACGGGUCUUGUUUUCUCCAUGUCCACACUUCCUUGUUCCUAAUUCUUUUUUUUUUUUUGAAUGAAUGUAAAAUUUUAUUCAAUCAAAACUUUGUACAUCAAGUGCUUCUGUUGUGUUUGUAAGAAACUUCUAUACUCUAGAUUCUAUGGAAAAAAAACCCCUUCAUGGUGGUCU